AUGGCGGACCAGGACAACAUCCGAACGCAACUCCGCAACCUUCCGGUCCUCGAAGGCCCAUUCGCUGAAGUGAACUUUGACCAAUUUCCGGACACUCCUCAGGAUGCUUUCAAAAAGUGGUUGGACGAGGCGGUCAUGGCCGGCGUCAAAGAGCCCCAUGCCAUGACGCUGGCCACUGUGGACGAACAAGGCUACCCAGACGCUCGAAUCCUCAUCCUGAAGAAUGUCGAUGAUCGUGGCUGGCACUUUGCUGUCAAGGGAGAUAGCCCGAAAGCUCAGCAGCUGGAGACCAAUGGAUAUGCCGCCCUGACGUUCUACUGGCCCCAGGUUGGUCGGCAAAUCCGACUGCGCGGAACAGCCCGGCCGCUGCCAGACGCUGAGUGCAGGGAGGACUUCGCCGAGCGUCCGUUUAAAUCAAGAGUGAGCGCCAUGGCCUCGAAGCAAAGCCAGGUGCUCCAGGACCGUGAGGAGCUUUCCCGUCGCAUUGCGGAAGUAGAACGUGCCGCAUCCACUGGGCAAGAAGACGGCUCCCAGAAGUGGAGAGUAUAUGCCGUUGCACCGACGGCGGUUGAAUUUUGGCAAGGGUCGAAUGAUCGCCUUCAUUAUAGGCUACGCUAUGUGCCAGAGACAGAACAGGGUCCUUGGCAAAGGGACCAGUUAUGGCCAUGA